CGUGGUUCGACGAGGUAUCUGUCACUCAAUGGCCAUAGGAAAUCUAAUGUUAGGCAGCGCUGUUCCACCUUCUGCAAAGUGGCAGCCGCCUCAGCUAGCAAAGCGAUUGGUGGUUUCUUGCACUUAUUGAAUGAAAGUCAGUGCAGGCUGUGAUCAGAGACUGGACAUAUCUGCACAUAAUACAGUGAUUUUUGCAGUGAGUAUAGCACAGGCUCCUUGGUGUCACGGUGCCGGCAGCGACACGCUUACACAUUGGAAGACGAUAGACUGAAGAGACUCGUGAAAGGGGAAGGGCCGGGCGGUGUGUGGCAAUGCAGCGGGUCACGGCGCAGCUCGUCGCGGGGCUGCUGGCAGCAGCGCUGUCGCUGCUGGCCGAGCAGUGUUGGGCGGACGGCGGGGGCCCCAACCUCGCCGAACGGGUAAUCUGGGCUGUAAACGCCGGGGGUGAAUCGCAUGUGGACGUGCAUGGUAUUCACUUCAAGAAGGACCCAUUGGAAGGGAAAAUUGGCAAAGCAUCUGAUUAUGGGAUGCGUCUGCCAAUACUGCGCUCAAGUCCAGAAGAUCAGAUUCUGUACCAAACGGAGCGCUACAACGAGGACACUUUUGGAUAUGAUGUUCCCAUUCGCGAGGAAGGAGACUAUAUCAUAGUUAUGAAGUAUGCAGAAGUGUACUUUGCUCAGUCACAACAAAAGGUCUUUGACGUGCGUCUAAAUGGCCAUGUGGUGGUUAAAGACCUAGAUAUCUUUGAGCGAGUAGGUCACAGCACUGCUCACGAUGAAAUUGUGCCUUUCUCUAUUCGACGUGGCAAGCUGAGUGUGCAAGGAGAGGUGUCCACUUUCAAUGGCAAACUCACAGUGGAGUUUGUAAAGGGUUAUUAUGACAACCCCAAGGUCUGCGCACUCUAUGUAAUGAAGGGAACACUAGAAGAUGUACCAAAGCUUCAACCUCACCCAGGGUUAGAAAAGCAUGAAGAUGAGGAAGAAGAGGAGGAAGACCCUGAAGUAGGCGAAGAAGGUGGGAAGAAAAAGGUUUCAACAGGUUCCAAGUACAGGGUCCAGUCAGGCCCCCGAACACCAAACCCAUACGCCGCUGACAACAGCAGUUUAAUGUUUCCCAUACUUGUGGCGUUUGGAGUGUUCAUCCCAACGCUCUUCUGCCUCUGUCGACUGUGAGCUAAAACCAGAGGUCGAGGCGACGUCGGGAAAAGAUGGGACGCGAGACUAUAAAGAAAGAGGGAGACAAAUGGGGGAAGGGAGAUGAGCAGUACAGGUAACCGCAUAACCAGAGAGAAGCAGGAGACUCGGACAAAAUCACAAGGACGCAGAGACGACAACUGUUUGAAAAGCCACUGCAAGUUGAAACUAACGCCACACUCGACUUGUAGUGUUGGGAGGAGGAGCUGUAGGAAGUGUAUGCUGUGCACAUCUUUGUGAAUGUGAAUGUUUGCAUCCACCUCUUCUGACCCGUUUGAACAACGUUAGGAUUUACAGAUGCUGGUCUUCACUUAUUGAAACUACAUUGGAACAGCUGAGCGACGCUCCACGGUGGUUUGUCGUAGCUGUUUUCUAACUCAAAGCAUUGUUUUGUACUGGGUGUUUAAAGAAAGCACACUCUGUUUAACACUCGGCACCGAAUCAAGCUGUUGCCUAGAAAUCGAUCCGUGGAAAUACAGUUGCCAUUUAGAACUUGUUACAUUUGUGUUUUUCCACUCAGAUCUACUUAGUCCCACGUUGCCGUGCUAUCGUUUGCCAUAAGAGGUUAAAGAGUUAAGAAAUUAGUGUUACAGGGCUUUAGCUUAGUUGAUUACUUGCUGUGUGGGGUCAAAGUCGCCUUUCUAGGUUUAUAGGCUGGAUUUGAAAACUUGCUAUUGAUGUGUAGACGUUUUUGGCAAUGUUCCACCAAAACCAUUCAGGGUCAUAAAGUGUCCUCAGCAGCGAUGCCACUUUUAACUCUCAGACAUUACAAAGUGAGGAUGCUGAACCUCAAGACAUCAUACAAUUAGUGAGGGGUGAUGUCUAUGCUGUGAAAUGCUAAAGCUUGCGUGAGUCAGUAUCUGCACAUUGCUGUAUUUUAUGAUCUUUGCCUUUUUCUAUUCAUUCAUUCUGCAUGUCUGCCUUUUUGUUUUGCCAAAGAAUGUCUUUUUUUAUUCUAAAACAGGAAUACUUGGUGGCCUCUUUAAUUUUCUAAUUAACAUCUGUAGUGAUCAGUUAAAAUUGUAUUUCUUUCAAAUAUUGUGUGCUUUUGAUUUAAAACAGACACCAUGUCGACUCUGAACGUUGGUUUAAACGUUACUGUUACCUGCUACUGGGAGAACUGGCCACUCUAGCUAAAUAUUAUUCAAAUGAAUGAUGAGGCAGUUUGUCUGAUACAAAGUGGUUCCACCUGCAGUCAGAAGACAAAGCACAGUAUCAGUAUAAGAACAUUAAAUGUUUAUUACAGACAAUAUACAAUAACUUUAGUGCAUGUUUUUGGAAUUGGGUUCAAAUGUGUUGAUUUGUAAAGGUUUUGUUUUUGUUGUUUUUACCUGGCCACAUUGACCCCACCUUAUCUGCCUUUAGUUUCAGCUUUUGGACAGUGAUUCCCCCCUUUUCUUUGUUUUUGCUCUCAUCAUGUGACAUGAAAAGCAGCAUUGUUCUACGUUUUUCACGAGUUGUGUAGUGAAACCUCCCAUUUUUGUAUUCAGUUACCUCCCUUAAGGUCAUAAAGCGACUCUUUCACUAAUACGUCUUAAAUGUCCCCGAGCACCCCCAGUAUUGCUCUUACCAUCUGCAGAACUUGUCUAAAAUUCAGGUCUCGUGGAAUCCUUCCUUGCAGUUUCAGAAAAAAUUCAGUUUGUGGUCGGUUGUUUUUGCAGUUUUAUUUAAGUUGUGAACUGAACUUAUAGUGUAAGCACCUUUUUCUCAAAGAUUCAAAACAUUAAUUACGGAAGGUUCAGCACCAAAGUCACCACGUUAUCCCUCUGCCAGUCUACACGGUAGCGUCUGUAUAUAUAGUACAAAUCACACUUUUUACUGUGUGAGUUUUGAUUUCAUUACUUUUGUGUUGUAGUUGAGGUGUUUGGGGUUUUUAAUUAUUUCACAUGGGAAAGACUUUGUGGAAAAGCCGCAAGAGAGUAGAGUAGAAACUUUAAAAAAAGAAUUAACAGACAGCCAGAUUAAAUGGCAAAGUCAAAUAAAAGAGAUUGUGUCUACAAAUGUGGAAUCUUCACCUAUUAUAUAUAAUUUAAAUCAGAGUGGGGCUGAUCUGGAGAUGUUUUAUAAUAUGCUUGGAUUUGUAUGUUUGAAUUUUUCCUCAGGAUCUGUUUUUGUCUUUUGUUUUUAAAUCAUGUUUUAUUGGUGUGACAUUUUGCACUGCCUUGUGUAUUGGAAAAUCAUGUUUUGUUUUUUGUGUGUUUGUCUGUUGCCUUGAAUUAUUGAAUACAUUGUGCUUUAUCAUAACUAGCCUUGACAAUGCUGUUUUGUUCAUCGAAUUGGCCUCUUUGUUUCCUCUGUUCUACAGUUUUCCGGGGCCAGAUUUUCAUUCCACACAAGUAAUUCUUGUCGAGCGUAACAAAAACCUGUAAGAGGCAUUAAUAUAUUGAGUCUGAUCACUGACCUCAACUUAGGAGUAAAGCCAGUCACACAAAGGUUAGAAGAACAUGUCCAGCAUUAAAUAGACUUAAUGUGUUCAGCUCCUUACUGGGCUCAGACGUGAACAUCCCAACUGAAUAAACUGAGUGAAAUGAAGAUCUGCUCCUCCUUAUCCCUCCACGCGAGAGCCAAAGAAUUGUUCUUAAUCCAUCCAAAAUCCUAGUGUCAUAACAUGACACUAAUGGUUUUUUUCACUAAAGCGGUUUUCUGGCCAGCUAAUAAACCAGGAGAAGCAAACUUGUCAUGUCUUGUCUUAGAUUUUUUUUUAUAUCUUUCUUAAUUUUCCUUUUAACCAUGAAGGCCAACCUUUUACAUUUUGACUCAAACGACUGAUUUGCUCUUAAAUUUAUGCAAAUUGACCUAUUCAGUUUGUUUGUUUUUCCAUUUUUUUCACUUUCGAAAGCAGCUACAACAUGAACGAUGACUUGAAAACCGCAAAACGGGGAGCAGGUCACAGGAAACAAGGUCUGUCGCCCAUCAACACGAGUGGAUGAGACGAUGUGCGUGCUAUAAAUGAGUCCUACUGUACAGAUGUGCAUAGAUAAUUGUUCUGGGGGCUGUAGGCAGCAGUAAGAGACUGAGACGUGUUCAGGAGCCCAGGUCGAUCUCUGAUGUGGGAACUAUCCUAAAAAUGGAAAAUGCUGACAAACAUUGUCUCUUUUUAAUAAAUGUGCUAUUUUAUCAGUA